AGGGUACACUGACAGUUCUAAGAGAAGGUGAAGACUUUGGAGAAUUAGCAUUGCUAAAUGACACAACAAGACUGGCAAGCGUCAAGAACAGAGAAAGAAACUGCUAUUUUCUUGUUAUUUCAAAGGAAGAUUUUAAUGAUGCACUGAGAUCUGCAGAGUCAACAUUCAGUAGACUAAAAGAAGAAGGGCAGGAUGUGUUGGUGUUAGAAAGACACAUAAGGGAGAAGUUCAAAUUUACAUUAAGCAGUUUAAUUAGAGAUCCAAUAGUAAAUAUUUAAUCUUUGUGCUUCUGUAGUGGUGAGUAUGCAGUUAUCUCGGGUACGGUAGACAGGCUGGUUGGCAUUUUAUUAGAUGAAAUUGAGCUGUCUGUGCAGAAGGAAUUUUUUCAGUCUGCUCUCUUGUUUGCUGUUCCUAAUCUCGUUUCGACGUCAAAGUUAGUACGCAGCCUACUAAUGCGCUAUAUCCAAUGCAGUAAAUUCUCUUGGAAGAGGAAAAAAAUUGAGAAGUUUGUCUUUUUUUGGCUAUUGAAGUCCAAUAAACAGGAGAGAGACCGAAACUUGUUAGUCAAAUUUGCCUUGGACUUAGCUCCUCUGAUGGAGCAAGAGGUUGCUACUGACCUGUGGUAUAAGGCUGUGUUUAAACUCUGCACUACACUACACUGUAAAUUGUCAACUAGACAUCAAAAUAUGAAGGAAUUGGUUUUGAAUAAUCGUCUGAAAUCAUGGAGACAGUUGAAGAGCGUACAGGCUAACGAUUUCGCCAUUCACAUAACCUCAUAUGAUGCACUCAUGUUCAGUGCAGUCAGCGAGAGAGAAUUUCUGCCCGUUGUUCUCCGAUGUCCACAUUCUGAAAAUACGUCAAAAAAUCUUCUGUUUGUAAUUGAACAGUUUUCAAGGACCAUUGUCUGGGUAAAGCAGUCGAUAUUGAGUAACACUACGAGUAAAGAAAGAUCUGUUGUCUUAAGAAAGUUUAUUCAAAUCGGACUAACGUUGAGGUCAUUGGCAAACUACUACUCACUUAGUGCCUUUGUUUUUGCACUGUGUGACAGCAGUAUAUCAAGACUGAAAACAGCAUGGGAGAUGGUUUCUGAAGAAGAAAAAGAGUUAUUAAUUGACAUGGAAUCAAUACUUGACCCAUCUAGAAACCAUCAAAAGUAUCGACAAGAAAUUGCAUCUGUACACGGGUUUAUGUUGCCUUUCAUACCUCUAAUGAUCAAAGAUCUCACAUUUAUUCAUGAAGGCAAUUCCACCAAAACAGGCAAUAUGGUCAACUUGGAAAAAAUGACAAUGAUGUGUAAGCAUAUUCACAAUUUCAUGAGGCGCUGUAGAAAGCAUAGAAAUUGUCUCUGUUAGUUGUGAAACCUGCACUAAUUGAUAUAAAGAAAGGACACUUGAUACACAGACAUAUGUAGAUCACUAACACGAUAGCUAUAGCUAGAGAACUAAGAUGUGCAAUGUUAUAUAAGUGUCUACAGGAAAUCUAUAAACGUGUGAUAGUAUUUGUAAGCUGAAAUACAUAUGUAUUACU